AUGAACGACGACGACGAAUGGUCAAGCCUGCUUCAAGAUCACCCAAUAUUCUCGCUGCCCAAGAAGCUGGGAAGCUCGCUGCUCGAGCGCGAAGACUCGCUUGAGCUGUCUACGAGCACACUCCCAAAAUUCACCAACCAGGAUCCGACUGACGAUGGGCCGACCCCUUCUGGGCGACGGCAGACGAUGGUGCUGAAGGAUUCCGAGUUGAUUCUGGCUGCAGGAAAUGAGCUGCGAAUUGCCUCAUUAUCAGAAUCACGACUCAAUAAGAGCUUGAGGAAGAGCUAUAAGACCCUCGGGACACCAAGUAUCCAAUUCGAAAUACACGAACUUGCUCUGAAUCCGAGCGGAAAGCUACUGGCUGUUGCUGGUGCAUUUCAGGUCGCUGUUGUUGUUUUACCGCGUUCUGGCGUCACCAGACUUGUUCCCGAGAUCGUUGACUGCAAGUCGGUUCAAAUUGGACAGUUCUAUCACGCGGCCACGUCCUCUAUCCCAAUUGCCAAGAUUGAAUGGCAUCCAUGGGGAGAAGCUGGUUCUACAUUAAUGGUCAUGACAAUUGACGGAAAAUUGCGCGAGUACGAUAUAUCUGUUGAUACCGAAGAACCUCAGCAAGUCUUGACGUUCAUGCCCGAGCGCAAAAGCAAAUCAUUCAUUGCCCAAGAUGACUCAGAGCGGCAGAUAGCUUCGUUCACCUUCGGCCGUGGUAUGGCCGAUUGGGGGCCCCUCACAGUCUAUGCUGUCACGAUGUCAGGAGACGUCUAUGCAAUAUGCCCGUAUAUGCCCCAAAAUGCGUCUAUACCUUCCGCAUAUGUUCAUGCUUUAGAGUGCUUUGUGGCCGCUAAACAAGAAUAUCUUGCACAGGCCGGCACCGAUUCAAGCAAAUCCUUGUCGACUAUGUAUGAUUACCAGCAGAAGUACAUUGCUGCUCUUACGAAGCAACUUCCUCUCGGAACCGUAUUCCCCGCUGCGUCGCGCUCCAUCUUGAUGCACCCGCCAUCCACCAUCAAACCUCGGGCUCUGCGACAAGGACCGUUUCUCUUGCAGCCGUCUCCUCGAACUCUCGAGGGUAGCGAGGGAGGAGAUGCUACGGAUAUCAUCUACGUAUCAUGUGGGUCUGACGAAGACGAAUCGGCAACCAACGAACAGUUAGGUAUCAUAUUGAUUGCUUUCCAGGACGGGAAGGUCGACCUUUGCUUGGAUCUGGAGAAGAUUGAGGCAAAGUGGGAAACUAAACAUUCCUCCACUCAAGACCUACCAAUGCUGGCCGUCUACGAGACUAUCGACCUGGGUUUGAUUUCUACCUUGCAAAGUACGACACCGGCACCGCAAGAACCACCGAUCCUAGAGUUGCUUCAAGGAAACCAUCCUGUCUUCCUCCCCGAUCCCAUACAUUAUGACAUCGUCUUCGUGUCUCAUGCGUUCGGCGUUCAUUCCAUCCACCUGGGCCCAUGCCUCCGAAAAUUGCUCACUGCCCUCAGAGCGAAUGAUAGUGACGAAGACCUGGUUUCAUCGUCCUUGUCUGAUUCCACACAGUGUGAUGUACGGCCUAUUCUAUGCACUUUUUCUGUCGAACGGAGAUGUUCGAACCCCGUAGUGGCUAUAGCGAUUCCUAACGACGUCUAUGUAACCUACAGCAUCUUUAUCCUCACCUCGGCCAUGCGCCUCAGUUCUUUCCCCUUGAACUUGCGGCCGGACUCUCCUGCGCCACUACCCGCAGCGUUACCAGAACCAGAAACCGUUGAUUCUGAGGAGCACCUCACCGCCCUGGAGGGCCCUCCAGCGUAUAUCUCCCUCUUAGGACCGGAGCCAUACCAAGUCCCUCCUAUCCUAUCCCGUUCACAGAGUGGGCUCCCGAUCAAUCCUCGCCUUUCUACGCCAUCAAACAGCAAAGAAUUUAUGCUUACACCGGACUCACUGCGGUAUCUGGGGACGACUGUCGCUAAAUUUAGUAGCCAGAUCCAUGAGAUACAGCUGGCGUUUUGGUCGGCGCAACAACGGGCGACAUUGCAAAAGCACGAGUUUCUUAGGCAGAGGGAGAAAGGCGCGGAACUGGUUGCGGCUAUUCAACGGUUAUCUGAAGUUCGUUGCAAGACAACAAAAGACCGCAUUACAAGGAUACAAGAAACUCAGAAGGAAUCACUUAGGCGGCUAGACCGGACUCUACAGCAUCUCAUGCUGAAGGCAUCUCCUGUCUUGAGCGAACACGAAACCAAAUGGUUUGAAGAACUCAAACGGAUGAAGCAGGACGUGGCCGGUAGUGGUCGCUUUGAUGAGACAUCUCUAGUGGCUAGGACCAAAAUGUUGGAAAGAGACCUAAAGCGUUUGAUGCCGAGACUCAAGGCUCUAGCAGAGAAAGAGAAGCAACUGAACGAUAAACAGCCAAGUAGUCAGCAGGGCGUAGGCUUCAGUCAAGCAUUCGAGCUAGGAGAACGUUCGAGCCAGGAGCGUGCUAAAAUAUUGGAGGCAGAGAAGGAGAUUUUGCUUCUUGCCUCGAAGUUAGAUCUCUCACUAGGGCAGCCGCCACCGCUGCAAUAA